AUGCCACCAGGAUUUGACUUUGUUGUCCGCCAGGUGGCCAACCUCAACGUUUUUGAUUGCAUUGUGGUUUCGUUUCUGGUCGGCUUGACAUGGUUGGUAGAGCGAGCUAUUUUUAACAUCUAUUUUCACCCUUUGGCUGCCUUCCCAGGUCCACCAAUUGCUGCUGUCACUGGCCUCUACAAAGCUUACAUCGACGUUGCCGCCCGAAGUUCAUUUGUGCAUACUUUGGAAAAGCUUCACAGUCAAUACGGCGAUGUGGUGAGGGUGGGCCCAAACGAGCUACAUUUCUCGCGACCAGAGACGUAUCAUGAGAUCUACAAUGCGAACAAUCGUUGGGACAAAGAACGGUCGCUGUACCACAGCUUCGGGGAAGACCGGUCAUCCUUCGGGUUCCUCGAGUACAAAGAUGCUAAGAGCAGGAAGGACGUUCUCUCUCGUGUCUUCUCAAAGAAAGCAAUUCAAGAGGCGGAGGGACUUAUUGAAGAGAAGGCAAGCCAGGUGAUUGGCCUCUGCGAGUCAUUUUCCCGACACGCUGAUCGACCUGUUGACUUAUUUUAUGCAUUUCGGUGCAUGUCGAUAGAUGUCAUCACCUAUUUGUGCUUUGGAAACUCGGUGGACGCCAUAAAUGCUCCUGAUCACAAGGCCCCCAUCAUCGUCGCCAUGGAUGCGUCCUUACCAGUUUUUGUUGCCUUCAAGCAUUCGUCCUUGUACAAAAAUAUGAUCAUUCACUGUCCCCCAACCAUAUCCAAAUUCGUCAGUCCCGCCACUUCCGGUCUAGUUGAUCUUCAGCAGGUCCUCAAGCAGCAGAUCAAAGAGGUGACGAGCAACCCCGAGAACCUAAAGAAGCUCCCACACUCCACCACGAUAUACCAUGAACUUCUCAGGCCCGAAUUGUACCGUGAUCAUUCGGUUCCCGAUCCUGGGAGUUUGUACGAGGAGUCGCAAGCCCUGAUGUUCGGAGGAGCGGACACUACGGGUACUACACUAAUGCACGGAAGUUUCUAUAUCUUGACGAACCCGGAGGUUUACAAGAAGCUCAGGACGGAGCUCCAGGGAACGUGGCCAAUCCUGGAACAACCACCCUCUUUGGUGACACUUCAAAAGCUGCCUUAUCUUACCGGUGUGAUCAAAGAAGCUCUGAGAAUGAGUCCAGGGGUUGCAUCUCCACUUCCCCGAGUGGUGCCGGCGCCUGGUGUGACGUUGGCUGACAAGUUUAUACCGGGGGGUACGAUCGUGGAAAUGAGCAGCCAUUUUGUCCAUCGGAAUCCCACUCUUUUCGACGAUGCCGACCAGUUCAAACCAGAGCGUUGGCUUGAUAUGGAUGGCAAGCAACUUGAAAGAUGGCUCGUCAGCUUUUCUCGUGGUGCUCGCAGCUGUCUAGGGUUAAACCUGGCCUGGGCAGAGUUAUACUUGACUUUUGCACACCUCUUCCGAAAGUUUCAUGUCGAAAUCGACCCGUCAAGCCCGAAAGAACUGAAAUGGCGCGAUUGUUUCUUGCCGGAGUAUAUCGGCCCCCACUUGAGAGCGAAAGUGUCUCCCGUCGCAGCUUGA